AUGAAGCUUUUGAUGCUAGCAAAUCACCUCUCUCUAUUGCUUUUUUGCUAUGUUCCCGCAACAAACCAAACACCAUGGCCUUUCACUCGACUUUUAUUCUCAUUUUUAUUUGUUUCACCUUUCUUCCUCAACUACUGGCUAAUCCCUGGAGGCUUUGCAUGGAGAAACCACCAUGUCUACUCUCCCCAGGUUCGUGGUCUAGUCGGUUGGCCUCUGCUUGGAACCUUGCUUCAAAUGGGGUCACUUGCUCAUCGUAAAUUAGCCUACCUGGCUACUUCACUGGGUGCAACUAGGCUCAUGACAUUCAGUCUAGGAACAAGGAGUGUGAUCAUCAAUAGCCACCCUGACACUGCCAGGGAAAUCCUUGUAGGUUCUUCAUUUUUAGACUGCCUAAUCAAGGUGUUGGCACCCUCUAGCCAAUAUUGGCGCCACCUUCAUAGGAUUGCUGCGAACCAUAUGUUCUCCCCUAGGAGAAUUUCUUGUCUAAAGUCUCUGCGGCAACAAGUGGCUGAUGCAAUGUCAGUGGAAGUAAGGAAGGGAAUGGAAGAGAAAGGGUUGGUAAAGUUGAGAGGGAUAUUGCAAAAGGGUUCUUUACGUAAUAUACUAGAGAAUGUGUUUGGGAGUUCUGAGCGUUUACAAUGGGAGGAGCUAGGGUUAUUGGUGAAAAAAGGGUAUGAAUUAAUAACUGAGUUUAAAUAGGAGGACUAUUUUCCCCUAAGCUUUUUAGACUUUCACGGUGUGAAAAGAAGGCAUCAUAAGUUGUCAGGCAAAGUAACAACUAUUGUAGGUCAAAUUGUGGAAAAAAGGAAAAAGGCUGCCGGAGAUGUCAAUAGUGGAAAUGACUUUCUUAGUGCUUUGUUAUAUUUGCCUAAAGAGGAUCAGUUGAGUGAUUCCGACAAGGUUGCUAUACUGUGGGAAAUGAUAUUUCGAGGUAACGACACGUUGGAAUGGAUCAGGGCUAGGAUGGUUUUGCAUCAAGACAUCCGAGCGAAAGUCCAGCAAGAGAUUGACGCCUGCAUCGGCCACUGCCACCGCAGGCCAGGGCCCGUUCAAGAUUCUGAUCUCCCAAACCUCCCUUACCUUCGAGCAGUAGUGACAGAAGUUCUCAAGAUGCACCCCCCGGCGCCACUACUCUCAUGGGCCCCCUUAACCACCCACAAUGUCCAUGUGGGAAUCCUCGUCCCAGCUAGCACCACCGCAACGGUAAACAUAUGGGCCAUAACCCAUGACCCAUCUGUUUGGAUGAAUCCGUCGACCUUUCGGCUUGAAAGGUUUGUCGUGGCGGAGGAUGCUUCCAUCAUGGGCUCCGAUCUGAGGCUUGCCCCUGUUGGGUCAAGUCGCAGGGUCUGCCCUGGCAAAGCGCUAGGGUUAGCCACUGUGGAAUUGUGGCUUGCACUGUUGCUCCACUGUUUCAGUUGGCUUCUAGCGCUAGCAUAGCACGUUGAUCUCUCCGAGACUUUAAGGCCUUCUCUUGAGAUGAAAAAACCUUUGGCAUGUCGAGUGCUUCCCCGAACAGCCCAUCAACGUGUCUCAUGA